CGAUGACUGAAUAAGACAAUCUGAUGCAGGUUAUGAGACUUCAAGUAGCGUACCUGUUUUAUUCAUUAACAUUUUGUUUUAGACAAUUUUAAUGGAUAAUACAUUGAAUGUAACAUUUAUAACUCUUGGUGGGUAUGUGGAAGUGGAAAAAUACAGAUAUGUUUAUUUUGUGAUCAUGUUUACAGCAUAUAUUCUAAUUAUUUGCAGUAAUUCUACUAUUGUGUUCAUCAUAAUGAUUCACAAAUCCCUCCAUGAGCCUAUGUACAUUUUCAUUGCAGCUCUGUUAAUCAACUCUGUUCUUUUCAGCACUGCUAUCUACCCAAAGCUUCUGAUUGACUUUUUAUCUGAAAAACAGAUCAUAUCAUAUUCAGCCUGUCUCUUUCAGUGGUUUAUAUAUUACUCUCUAGCUGGUUCAGAAUUCUUACUGUUGGCAGCCAUGGCCUAUGACAGGUAUGUGUCAAUAUGUAAACCUCUGCAAUAUCCAACUAUCAUGAGAAAAACAACUGUCAAUCUUUUCUUGGUUUUGGCUUGGCUUGUGCCUGAUUGUCAGCUUGCAGUGCCAAUUGUACUGAAUGCUAAUAAAAAACUCUGUAACUUUACUUUAAAAGGAAUAAUUUGCAACAGCACAGUUUACAAACUUCACUGUGUGAGUUCAGGAGUGCUAAAUAUAUAUGGCUUGAUUGUUUUUGUAAAUCUUGCACUUCUCCCUGUGCUCUUCAUACUUUUCACAUACACCAGGAUAUUCAUAAUAUCCUAUCGAAGUUGUAGAGAAGUCAGGAGAAAAGCUGCACAGACCUGUUUACCCCACCUGAUAGUUUUAAUCAACUUUUCCUGUUUAACUGCAUAUGAUGUACUGCUACUACGACUGGAAACUGAUUUCCCCCAAACUGUACGUUUAAUUAUGACGUUACAAAUAGUAAUGUAUCAUCCUCUCUUUAAUCCAAUUAUGUAUGGCCUAAAAAUGAAAGAAAUUUAUAAACACCUCAAGAGAUUGUUCUGCAAAAUGGUCUGAUGGAUUAACACUGAUAACUGUUGUUGAUCAUUGUUUUGUGUUAUAAUAAAGCAGAGAUGUGAUUUCUCUGAACAUGUAAAGGCUUGUUUCUAAAACACUAAUGCACAGAGCAUCUUCCACUUCAGCGAUUUAAUGAUAAGUACUAAACACUUUGCUGCAGUUUUUCAAAAACCUAAAGGUACAUUUUUAGUGUAACAGGUAAUCACAAGUUUAAUUAUGUAUUUCCAGUUUGUUUUUAAUUAACUCUGAGUGACUGGGUCUCUGAGUGUAUUGUUAAAGUUUAUAAUGGCCAUAAAAUAUACAUGUUAACCCAUUAAUGACUAACAACUAUAUUUAGUAUGUUAAGGAAAAGGCCCUCAGAAUUUCUUCUGUUAGAAGUGGAAACACAAAAUUUGCUGUGGAAACUGUCAAGACAUGCAGUUACACAUGACAAAAAUAAAAAUGUUUGAUUUCACAUA